AUGAAACUACGUCGUUUUCUUCUUCUUGUGAUCGUUCUUGCGGUCCUGAAAUCUGUUAGUGGAGCCGAGAAAUGUGAAGAAGGCGAAUGGUGCUUCCCCCCUUAUAUCAUCGACCGCAACGGGAAAAAGACAGAAAUGUUGCCUGGGGACAAUCCAGAUUAUGAUGAGGAAACGAACAACAAAUUCCGAUUUGAUGAAGACGAAGCGUGGAAAGAAAUUGCAAAGCUCAGAGAGCUCAGAAAGGUGAAACGUGGAUUUAAAGUUGAAAAAGGGAAAAUCAACAGAAUGAGAGUGGACUUUGAUUUGGGAUCUAACCAAGCUAUCGAAAGGUGA